AUAGUGUUCAAAACAUUUUGAAAGACAUUUUUUUUAUGGGACGGACUGUAAAAGACGUUUACUAAAUGGAACAGUUCCCACUAUAUUUCCUGAAUUUUCUAAAUACAUGCAGCCGAAGAAGUACUUAUAAAGAAGAGCAUUGCAUUUGGAAGCUGAGCCAGGCCCUUCAGUUGGAACUUCAAAUAAAGAAUCUAUCCUAGAAAGCCCUAGCAUAAAACGGCUUAGCAGACAACUUUUACAACGUAGAAAAUAAUAAAGAAAAAAACAAGAAAAAUCAAAAUUCUUGAACAAAAAUUUAAAAAAUAUAAAAAAAAGAUUUGUUCGCUAAAACUUGUUAUUGUACCAAAUUAGUAUUAUUUAAGGGUCAGCUAUAAAUUUAUUAUCUUCAUUUAUGUAUAAUUUUUGUUACUAACUUAAUUUAAUAAUAUCCAGAUAGCACACUACAUCUUAAAGAUGUCCAGUUCAUGUCUUACUUUCGUCCAAACGUCCUGGUACAUAAAACGGACGGUAUUAUGGACGUUCAACUCUUGUCGCUAUAUUUAAAUAUGGCGCCACGUCAGCGUUGUUAGCUCUGCCUGCAGCGCAUGUAGAUCGUCAUUGUCAUUGGCUGAUUGGAGUCUCGCGCGCGCGUAUCGAGUCGUGUCCUUCCUCUAGCUGCCUUCUUCUCGGGACCAUAGAUAAAUUAAUAUUAAUUUAUCUAUGCUCGGGACAGCCAUUGUAAAAUAUUUUUAGCGUCAGUCUGUGGACAUUAUCAAUACUUUUUCAUAGUUGUGUUUUAAAAUUAGGUUGAUGACCUCAACAAACAUUUUUUCCCCAGGGGUGCGUUCAGAAAUCGAGAGCGUCAAAUUUUCAAACGUCCGGACAAAAUUCGUCGAAACGUUUAUUUUUCCCCGAUAAAUCCGAACGGUAAGUGCAAAGUAUGUGCAAAGUAUUGUCAAAUCAAGUUUUUGAUUGUGUUUUCUGUUAUGUGAGAUUGUAGGAAUUGUCAAAAAUUAGUAACGAGCACAUAGACUUUUUUAUGUAAAAAUCAAUUCAUUACCUUCCGACAACUAGACGAUAAUUAAUUCUCUCACUUAUACUCAUAUUUAAAUAUUUUUUACUCAAAAAGUAAAAAUAGAAAAUUAAAAACUAGGUGGUUCUCUUAGGUUAAUUAAUGUUAUGACAUACUGCGCAAGUCGAGUAAAAAUUACCCCACUUAAAACGGUGGGUAAAAUUUCUUUAUCCUGACGUGUUUUUCUUUUAAAUAGGAACGGCUGGGGUAAUUUGUCUAGAGAAAACGUUCCAUAUUUAGAAACGCUUUUUAGAAUUUAGACAACGUCCGGACGCAUUUACCCUACAUUUCUGAACGCACCCAGCUGUCACUCUGCAUUCUUUAAAAUUUCAAUUUUUAAAAUGUAGGUUAGGUUUGAAUCUAUUUUUAUUCCAAUCACACUAUUUUUGAUAAUUAUGCAGAAAAAAAGGUAGUACUUGAGCUAAAAAUGUCGCAGAUAAUGUUAAUAAUUGCCUCGGCACAUUUAGUAUACUGUCCAUUUACCAAAGUAGAGGAAAGUUUCAAUUUACAAGCAAUUCAUGAUAUUCUAUAUCAUGGAUUCAACCUAACACAGUACGAUCAUAUGGAGUUUCCUGGAGUAGUGCCACGAACUUUCAUUGGACCACUUUUUAUUUCAAUUUUAGCAGCACCCAUUGUAGCUGUCAUCCAAUUUUUAAACAUAAAUAAAUUCUGGGCCCAAUAUUUAGUUAGGACCAUUCUUGCUACAUGUGUGGUGUGUAGUUUCAGCGCUUUAGGCAAAACUUUAGAGAAACAAUUCGGAACAAGAUGGAUGCAAUGGUUUUUAGCAAUAACCGUCACUCAAAGCCAUUUUAUGUAUUACUUAAGCCGUCCACUGCCAAAUAUCAUGGCUCUACCUCUAGUCUUACUGGCCUUGGAUGGUUGGCUCAAAAACAACAACAAAACUUUUAUCCUCUUCUCUGGGGCCGCCAUCGUUAUGUUCAGGUCCGAACUGGCCCUUUUUGCGGGCAUAUUAUUACUUUAUGACUUAUAUUAUAAGCGUAUAACAGUAAAACGCUUAUUGCAGAUAGCCGUUCCCGGUGGGAUAGCUUUUUUGUUACUUACGGUUGUGAUAGAUUCAAUAUUUUGGAAUAGACUGUUAUGGCCUGAAGGAGAGGUGCUUUGGUACAACACUAUACUCAAUAAGAGCUCCGAUUGGGGGACGUCUCCAUUCUUUUGGUACUUUUAUUCCGCCAUACCUAGAGGAAUGGCAGCUUCGGUCUUUUUUUUGCCCGUAGGUUUUGCUUUGGACCAAAGAGUGAGACAACUAGUAUUUCCGUCUUUAUUGUUCGUUUUGCUGUACUCAUUUUUGCCUCAUAAAGAAUUGAGGUUCAUUAUUUAUGUAUUUCCAUUUCUAAAUGCGGCUGCAGCGACUGCUUGUCACAGGAUAUGGGAGAAUCGUAACAAAUCUCCAAUUUACCAUUUGCUGUCUAUGGGCGUAGCUGGCCAUCUAGCGGUCAACAUUGCGUUCACUCUUUUCCUAUUGAGCGUUUCGAAUACUAACUAUCCAGGAGGCUUGGCAAUUUCUCGACUACAUCGACUUUGUAGAGACGAAUCAAAUGUGAGAGUACACAUAUCGAAUUUAGCCGCCCAGACGGGCAUUUCAAGAUUUACGCAAAUCAAUACUAAUUGGACAUAUAGCAAAACUGAAAAUCUUAGACCCGGUGAUUACGAACUAUAUCGUUACACCCACCUCAUAGCUGAGGGGAAAAGCAAAUUUUCUUCCAAUUUGAAACCGUACUCGGGCACCCAUGACGUCAUAGACACAAUAGAAGCUUUCCAUCAAAUAUCUUUCAACUAUUUAACUAUUCCUCCAAUCAAAAUAAAAACCAAACCUGUAUUGUUCAUACUUAAAAGACGAAGCAAUUAUAAAGAGUAUUUGAGGAUAGACGAUGACAGUUUGGAGUACGAAGCUGGACAAUUUGAUAAACAGAGGAUCGAAGAAAUAAGGAAUAAUUCGGCUGAGGACUCAAACGAAGAAUCAAUUCAACAAGAACGUUUAGAACUUGUUCGAAAUGGUGAUAUGUCAGAAGAAGAGGCAGGAACAAAGGACUCUGAAGAGAAUUUAAAGAAAACUGAGACACUGAAAUUUAGUGAAGAAAAACUAGUCACGGAGGUUGAAGACGAUGUUGAAGACAAUGUAGAAGAUACUGAAGAAAAAACAAUACCUAAAAAUAAGAAAAUAAACGAAAAAGUUAAUAGAAAACAAGAUUUUAAGGAUGCCGAAGAGGAGAAGUUGGAUACAAAGACAGCGAAUGAGAUAACUAGUAAAGAAAACGCAGAAAUUAAUGAUAAUUUUCGAAAGAAAGGAAAAAAAUUGGAAGAAACAACGAGUAAAGAAAAAAUUGUUCAGUCUACUAAAGAAAUUAAACAGGAUUUGCAGAAUAACGUUGCUAAGGUCAUUUCUGCGAGUAAUAGCGAACAAGAUGUAACCAAAGCUGAAGAAAUCACCGAUGGUUUUCGGAAGAAAGGAAAAAAAAUAGAUACAACCAAAAUAAAUACAGAAAAAGUUGUGCCCAAAGAAGAUAAAAAUAAUUUACAGAAAAAUCCUUCUCAAGAAGAAGAUACUGCGGAUGAUACUGAAGAUGUUUCCGGUGAUAAAAAAAUGACGGAUCAGUUCCAAAACAAAAAAUUGGACAAAAUGAAAAUCAGUAAAGAAAAAGAGGUUUUACCCAAAGAAGAAAAAUAUAAUUCGCAGGAGGAAGGUUAUGCUGAUGUUAGUGAAGAUGUUAAAGAAACUGCCGCUCAUAUUACAAAGAAAAUGAAAAAAUUGGAAGCAUCAAAACCGCUUAAAGAAAAAUUGGUCCACUCAAAAGAGGUUAGAACAGUUCAAACUCUGCAAAAAGACGUUAGUGAAGAAAAAAUAAAAAUUACAGCAAGAAAAUCAGACAAAUUGGAAAAAAGACCAAAAGAAAUCAUACAAGAAAACGUAAAGAAGCUAAAGAAUGCAAAGCAGGAAAAAAGCGAAGAAAACAAAGCACUCAAAGCAUUAAAAUCGAUAAGACCCCAAAAACCGGAAGAAACCAUCGAAGAUACGGAAAAUAAGCAACACGUCAAGCAAAACAUAAGGAAAAUCAUCCAAAAGUACAGAAGGAAAAAACUGGACGACAUUCACAUCGAGCAAGUCGAUCAUCCGAAAGAAAACAUAAAAAAGCUGAUCCUAGAAGACAAGCUGAAAGAAGAACGGGAAGAAAUCGCUAAGAUCCAACAACAAAUAGCGGAUUUGAUUGAUAGCAAUCCGAAGAUAACCAAUAAGGAAUUAAUAAAGACCAAACUAGAAGAAACGAUUAAUAAAGAAUUGGUUAACGCUAUCAAAAUAGAUGUAACGAAGAAAAGCGACGAUACGAAGAAGAAAACGGGCAACGAUGUGAAAUACAGACCACAGGAUUUUAAGAAGGCGAAAGACGACAAGAAGUUUACCAAAGAAUUUGUGAUAUCAGAAGAAGAACUGGUCAAAUAUGACCUACAGGCAUUGCAAGAAAGCGAAGAAGAUUUCUUGACUGGUGAACAGGGUCUAAUUAUAGAAAUAAACGCCGUGAAGCAUUCAGAGCGGCAUUCGGGUGAAUUGGAUAGCCAGUUCGAAGAUGAAAAAAUGGCGUUUUUGCAGAAAUUUAAGCGAGCAAAUGAGAAAUUGGAAGACAUAAUGAUGAUUAUAGAUGAAAUCGUCGAUACCAUAGAGAUAACCGAUGAAGAUUACUACGAUGAGGAGAGUUUGGGGUGAUUUUUGGCGUGCAAUGAUUGUUGAUUUUUUUUUUGAUUAAAACGUUGUGUUUGAAUGGUUUUUCAUUUCAAAAAUAAACGUCUGAAGUUUUUUCUACCUCUCGAGGGUUAAAAGUUCGCGAUAGUAUUCCGUGUGUUGACAACGUUUUGUAUGUGCCAUAUUCGUAAAUUUGGACUUUUUAACCUAUAUCAAUAAACUCCGAUAUCAGAUUAUGUUGGCACAGGUUCAGGUACCUGCUUAAAUGAUUGUUGCAAAUAUUUUAAUUAUAAAAAUUGAGUGCCAUUAGUGCGUAAUUGUGUUAUGGACACGCAGACAAGUUUCAAAUAAAAGUUAUAUGGAUUUUAAAAAUACAUUAAAAAUAAUUUUGGAUAUAUAGGGUUUGUCUUUUUGCCUGGAAAAUAAAAG